CGAUGAGGCGCAAUCUGAAUGACCAUGACGUACAAGGAAAGCGUAAAGGAAGGGGCAAGGAAAGUGAUGUGGAGGAAAUAUUAGUAGAUCAUCGAAAGCGCGAUACAUAUAUGCAUGUAUAUGUCAGUCUUUUUUUUAAAUACCAUACGACCUCGGUGCUCGAUAAAUAUUGCGUCUGUAACGUCAAGAAUCGGUAAUCGCGAACAUGCUCUCCCGCGGAGUCGACCGUGCGAUAGUCCGACUAAUAUUCGCACUAACAGGCAUACUCGUCGUGAGACCGGUGUUUCCCUAUGUGCUGCCAGAUCCGACUUUCGAAGUGUUAAAGCCGCAAGGUCUUCGCGUCUCUAUACCAGAUGCACCGGGUUUAAGAAUAUUUGGAUUCCACGCCAACAUCAAUAAAGCAAUUCGCACUAAUGAAUACGGUCAGAUUGCCGGUGACGUCUAUUUAGCAACAGACGGCCGCUGGACUUUCGAGGAUCCGGACGUGACUAUAAGAAAUGGAGAUGUACUUCGUUACUGGAUUUAUGCACAAGCGGAUGGGGCUAGUUACAGGAAGAACGACCAAAGAUGGACAUAUUCCCCAACAGCGAUGGAAAAUCAAGCAGUUGACAGUCAAGAAACUACACAGAAUUCUUCAAGAUACGAAACUCCGGCCGAAGGCCGAUUAUUGCUCGAGGACAAUUUCGAUUCUUUUAACGAGUCACUUUGGAAACGCGAGAUAAAGAUGCCAUUAGAUCCGGACUACGAAUUCUGCGUAUAUCACAAUCAGAAUCACGAACAACUCGUGCAAGUUCGAAAUGGUCAAUUAUCCAUAAAGCCAAUUAUACUGGAAGAUUAUUACGGCGAGAACGCAACCGCGUUCGGAAGAUUGCAGCUUAAUGGAUGUACCAGUAUGGUUGACUUCGAAUGUACGCGGCAGGCAUUAGCCUACAACAUUCUGCCACCCGUCAUAUCCGCGCGUUUUACCACGAAAGAACGUUUCACCCUGCGAUAUGGAAAGAUUGAAAUACGCGCCAAGUUUCCCCAGGGCGAUUGGCUGUAUCCGGAAAUGUGGCUUGAGCCACGGUAUUCUACCUACGGUGCGAACUAUGCUAGUGGCCGCGUUCUUCUGGGUUUAACGCGCGGCAAUGAGAACCUGGUGAAUGCCACAGACGUUUCGAAGAUCUAUGACGCUAGAAGAUUGGAUUUCGGCGUGAGAAUAGGUGCAUCCCCUAACGAGAUCCGGGAAAUACUCGUUACGAAAGUAAGCGAGUUCGGGCCACGAUGGACGCAGGAUUUCCACGUGUACACGACCAUCUGGACUAGCAAUGGUUUCACGUUUUUAUUGGACAAUGAGGAAGUUGGGCGAAUAAGCCCUGAUGAAGAGGGAUGGCUAAAUGGUCUUCACACAGACAGAAAAGCUGCCCCGUUCGAUCAAGAGUUCUUUGUUACACUUGGUGUUGGUGUGGGUGGAAUACGUGUAUUUCCGGAUAAUACGCUCAGUUCUGGAAUACAAAAACCAUGGCGAAAUGUGAACGUUAAGGCAAUGCUAAAAUUCUGGAAUUCUCGGAACAAAUGGCUCCCAAGCUGGAGACGAAACAAUGGCGAUAAUACUGCUUUUGUAAUAGAUUAUGUCAAAGUGUGGACUCUUUGAAUGAACGGCAUACAUUCACUUCACUUUUUAUCAAGUCCAUUUUCUUUUUUAUCAUUUGUAUUAUUUGUAGUAAUAGAUCGAUUCUUUUUCGCGUGACAAUUACGUCGCACACAUAUGCAUUUAACAUGUUGCUGUGAACAUGAAGAAAUAAGUCGUCAACAAAAAUCAGUAAAUCGGUUAACUUCUGAUUCAAUAAUGAUACAAGAUUACAACGUUGCCCGCAAUGUUAUUGCACUUGGAAUCUCCACGAAGACGCAUAAAGUCCUUUUUACCCGCGUAACGCAAUUAGAAUCCUGUAAUUGGACCGCUUCUGUUUCUAUAAAAGGGUGAACGAUGCUCCCGCGAAAUCGGAAAGAAAUUCAGGGUCGCCCGGAGCUGGUUUUACCUUUAAUGAUGCUUCCAUUAGCUGCUCGGACGAUCACCCUGUGAUAAUACUCCUGCCGAUCAUUACAUGAACAUAAAAAUUUCUUGAACCAGCGCGAAGUUUACCAAGGGCAAACAUUUUUUAUAGAAAAGGCAACAAGUGGUACCAUUAAUCGCAUUCGCUUUACCUAAAUUUUUUUGUAUGCGUCACUUUUGUACGCUCUACGCUUUUCUUUUUCCUAAUGUGAUAGCUCAUUUCUCUAUUCUCAUAUUUUCUGCGUUGUAAUAAAAUAGAUAUAAGAUUGUAUAAUAAAAGAAAUAAUCGCCUCAGGUGUUUAUUAUAUUCCAAAGAAA